AUGGGGAGCUUUAUGCAUGGAUAUAUGAAGCAACAUCUGAGCGGGGCACUUAAGGAAAAGAAAUGUGACAGCGCAGGACGAGAACAGGGGGGGAUAUGUAGAUUAAGGCAAGAUAGGGCAACUUCAUUACCUACGGGGCAGACAACAUUAACGGAGAUAUUCAAAACUGAUCAAGAGUCCACGCUAAGAAAUGUUUCACAGAUGAGUAGAACCCUCUGUGUAUGGUUAGAGUCUUGGAUAAGUACUUUAGAGGGCAAGAGAACAGAACGAGCAGAAAUGGACUUCACCGGGCAGUGUAGCUAUGAUCAAUUUAUAGGGGGCAGCUCCAAGAACCAAAGUUCGGCUGCUUGUCUCUUUGAAAGGAAAAAAUUGUCCUGGAUAGAUCACAGAACGGGGAGCACCCUGAGUAUGGGUCAGGAUUAUCAGAGGAGUUUAAAGAUGUGUAUGGAGCUUAUCACACUGAUAAUGAUGACCGCUGGGCUAACUUCAACUGUCUCAAGGAGAACUUAUAAGGGGAGUACCGACUCUGGACUAUGUCAAAGCAUAUAUCAGAAUCUGAAAAACUGGGGUGGAGAGGAGAUGGCACAGGCUAUAAUGAGCGACUGGUUCUCAUACGGAGACUCCGGAAAGAACAGAAAAAGAACAUUUCAGCUUCCUGGUCGCGAUGUUUAUGAAAUAAUAACAGAAGGAGUCUUAGGAAUAUCCAGUGGGGACAAGUCACUAACGUGUGAUAUAUCAGAGGAGACACCGGGCCUGGAGGAGAAGAUUAUACCGGAGUAUAAAACAGGAACCUCAGGAGAUACCCAAAGAGAUAUUCUUGAAGGACCCUCAGUGCCUCAGGAGCCCCCCGUAACCAAAAUGGACCAGCUACUAACACAAGUGAGCACCCAAGUGAAGGUAAAGGACCAAGGCAGAUAUUUACUCCUGGAAGAGAAUAAGAUGGAAUUAUUCAUUAAGACUUCGGUUAAACAACUCAAAAAAGAUGAAAUAACUGUUAUUCAUUUCCUUCAGGGACAACGCCUGAGUGAGUCAAACGGGGGACAGAAUCCACAACAAGUAUCCUACGAGGGACCUAUAGUAGGGGGAGUUAUAAGUGGCCUAAUGGGUAUUUUGGGAGCGUAUGGGUUAUAUAGAAUAUUGGGACGCAGAAGAAGGGCUAAGGGAACUCGGAUUAUUCCAAAGCCUCCCGGACAGGUAUUAGCAUAUUCUCUAUCAAACAGGCAGGGGUAA